AUGUGGCGCAAGCGCCGUGGCUCAGUAAAUGGUGGUAACAAUGCAAUACGAGACUCACCGAGUCCAAUGACUUGUAAUUCACUAUUAAGUACACCAUCUUCCAUGUCAAUGACUAGUAGUCAUAGUCCAUUCUUUAGUAGUGAUCCAAAUGCGACUGAUCGUGUACUGAUAUUUCGUCUAGAGGUCCCACGACCGGGACCAUUAGGUCUUGAUUUACGUGCACGAUAUAUUGAACGAGAUAAACCUCAACGUGGAGCUGUUGUAAAAGGAUUUCGUCCAUUGGAAGAUGGUAAACCUGGCUAUGUAGAAUCAACGGGACGUGUGAAAACAGGUGAUAUCUUACAAGUUUUACAUGAAACACCAAUUGAUCAUUUGCCCUUUGAAGAGAUUGUAAAACAUGCUAUGGAAUUGCAAAGAGAUUUAACAGCCUGGCCAUUAUCAAUGGAGUUUCGACGUGAACCAGAGAAACACGAGAAUAGUUGUCAAACAGUUCCGUGUGCAUCGACGAAGCCACGGCGCAAUAGUUUCUUUCGGUCGUCCAUUUCCAUGUCAAAUCCGGUUCAGGAUGGAAAUUUUAAUGAGAAGUUACAGUACUUUCGUGGCUUCUUUGCCACAAGAAUACCUACUGGUGGUGCUGCAAUGAAAGAAAAGGACAAGCCGCCGAAACCACAGAGAUGGGAGACUGUAGACGAGAUGUAUCGUGAAUUGAUGUCGAAACGUGGAGUGCCUGAGGAUGUUAUGGACGAACUCAUUCGAAUCGAGUCACUGGAAACCAAGUGGCACGUUGUUUGGUAUGCUCAGCAAAAUGAGAACGAGGACAAUACAAAAUCAAAUGCGACGGAGGCGGAAAAGUUUGCCGAGAAUUUGGUCGAGCUGAAAUGGGACAACAAAGGUUUAAAGGACCUUGAGACGCUUCGUGCUAAGAUUUCGAUUGCGUCGACUGACUGGCUGGAGGCUUUUUUGGCGCAUUUUGGUUUAGACUACCUUACGAUGAAACUUCCUGAUCCAUCUCCAUUCCCUAUCGAGCACUCCAAGUACGAGAAGGCUACACGCGUGUGCGAGGUAAUCUUGCGGAUCUUGCGGUCACUGACGCAUUUCACCGCUGGUGUAGAGGCAAUUACUAACACACCAGGACUGGUAAAGCGAGUGGCCCUUUGUUUUCAUACGGAGAAUGGCGAUGUGAAGAAGUAUACGCUGCAACUGCUCGGAAUUGUGUGUUACAACAGCGCAGCGGGACAUACGGCUGUGAUUGAAGCGUUUGACCACUACAAGGAGACAAAAGGUGAGAACAUUCGCUUUGGCUGUUUGCGGGAUGCGCUCCGAUCGACGCGGUACUCGCUGGUGUUCAAGGAAGACGUGUUGAGUUUUGUAAAUAUUAUUGUGAACAAAGCCAUUCGGCUGGAAGAUCGACUAGCUAUCCGUUCUGACUUUAUGGCGCUCAAGAUGGCUGGUUACUUUGAAGAAAUUCGGGCCAAAUCUCUCGCUGUACAGCGCACGAAGUAUCCUCUCGCUACUUCUGCUGCCGCCUCGCUGAUCGAGGAAGGGUCCAACAACGCUCAAUCUCCGGUGCCUGGUGCUCCGGCAACUCCGUCGCCGAUUCCAAACAAACAUAUUGCAAGGAAUAUGCGAUCACCACUUUUGAGCAGCCGGUCUUCAGAAUCACCUGUCAGUGGGUGGAGAACGGGUCCAGGAACCCCUGUCACCAGACUAGACUCGUUGAAGGCUCUUGGUGGACGGCGAUCAUCAAUCAGCAAGGACAGGGAUGACCGAAGCGGUACCCGUCUUUCAGCAAGCAAAAGUGCACCUCCAUCCCCUGUAGAUCGAGAGCUGGCAUCACUUUCUCCAGACGGUACAAUAGUCCGUUCGUCGCUUCCCCUGGAAACCAAGGGGGCUCAUCGAUUUGGAAAUGGAGGUAAUAGUAUCAUCAGUAGCUCAGUGACACAGCUUCGAAAUCAAUUGGACAACAUGGAGAAACAAAUUGAUGUGUUUGAGCAAUUUAUGGAGGAUGACCGGAAGGACACGAUAUAUGAGCAAACAGACCUGGCCUCAGUAGAAAGUGUGUACCGGUCUCUAUUUGAUAGUGUGACGAACGAUCCUGAGCUCCAAGCGUGUUUUUUGUCAAUUCUACAGCAAUUGCUUUUUAUUCCAGGCGAUCGCGUCAUUGGGAAGGAAAUGUGGGCCAUGUCGGAAAAAGUUGUGAAGCAAAUUACACUGUUAGCUCCAGUUGAGGAAGUACGCAAUUUCAAUCUCGGAUACGAUGACCGCAAGACGUUGUUAAAGAUGCGGGAUCGUUAUGCACUAUUUCUACAGAAGUGUGCGGAUGAAGAUCCUACGUUUCACUUUCGUAUGGGUCCAAUCAUUCUGAUUGACAAUAUGGAUCGGAACCAUGACGACCUCGCGCUUUCGGAUGCGACAGCAGAAGAAACUGAUGAGGAAGAUGCACCUUUGUUUGUGGCUGCACAUGAGCACCCGGAGUUGAUGAAAUAUUUUAGAUAUCUUAAGAUGGGAAUGCCAAUACAACAGGUGCGACAUAAGAUGCGCAGCGAAAUACCGACUUUUGAUCCAUCGAUUUUAGAAACUCCUGACAAGGUGAUUCAGCUUUCGAAAUUGGAUGGGGAAACAGAGGUGAAGGGAACGCGAGCUGAUGAGCAUGAAAAGCAUGCAAAGUUCUUUAAGCUAAAGAAAAUGGGCAUGCCAUCGCCACAGAUCCAGCUGAAAAUGUCUGCAGAGGGACUAGACGGCUCGAUUUUGGAGACUCCGGGUUUGCUUCUUGACGAUGAUGGUAACGAAGUAAAACAUGGCACAACUGAUAUAGGUUUUGUUGGUGUUCCAGUUAAGGAGCAUGAAAAGUUUGCUAAGUUUUUUAAGCUGCUUAAAAUGGGAAUGCCUCUUGAGCAUGUUCAGGUCAAGGUAUCAUUGGAAGGACUGGAUGCAACGUUAUUGAGCACGCCCGACCAGCUUUUGGACAGUGCAGGUAAAGUGAUUGUAGCUCGUAAAUCAGAUCAACUGCCGCGGGGAAUCCCUGUAAAAGACCAUGAAAAAUAUGCCAAGUUUUUCAAGUUAAUGAAAAUGGGAAUGCCGUUGGAACAAAUUAAGCUCAAAGCAUCUGCAGAAGGAUUGGACGGAAACUUGCUGUCAACCCCAGAUGCCCUUUUGCAUGAAGAUGGAAGCAUAUUUGUUGCAGAGAUCGUUGUGAAAGGAGUACCUGUGAAGGAUCACGAGAAGUUUGCUAAGUUCUUCAAGCUAAUGAAGAUGGGAAUGCCGCUUGAACAGGCUAAAGUGAAAGCGUCAGCGGAAGGUUUGGAUGGUGGAUUGCUUUCUACUCCUGAUGUGCUAGUAGACGAGAAUGGAAAGAAAGUGGAGGCGGCUACGGAGCAACCUAAGGGCAUACCCGUGAGGGAUCACGAAAAGUUUGUCAAAUUCUUCAAGCUUAUGAAGAUGGGGAUGCCCAUGGAGCACGUGAAGUCAAAGGUGUCAUCCGAGGGUCUUGAUGCCAACCUCUUGGAAACACCCGACAAGCUAGUCGAUGAAGACGGAAAGGAAGUGAAAGGUGAGGUGCCCGUUGUGCAUAGCGAGGUGCGCGUUGUGAGGAGCAUACCUGUCAAAGAGCAUGAAAAGUUUGCCAAAUUUUUCAAGCUGGUGAAAAUGGGUAUGCCACUGCCUCAUGUCAAGCUUAAGGCUGUGUCAGAGGGACUGGACGGUGACCUUCUCGAUACUCCUGACAAAUUGGUAGACGAGAGUGGAAAGGAAAUCAAGGCAGGUGGUGGGAAGACGAUGAAGGCAUCGGAACAUCCGAGCUACGUUAAGUGUUUUGAGUUAUUGAAGAUAGGUAUGCCGCGUCCACAGCUAGAGCUAAAGAUGAGCGCAGAGUCGUUGGACCCGAAAGUAUUAGACACACCCGAUGCGAUGGUCCCGGAGGAUGUGUCCACUCCCGCUCCAGCACCGGUGGCGCCCGUUGUGAUCGGACCUUCCAAGCCUAAGCUUCGUAAUCUAUACUGGGAAGCUGUUAAGAGCGAGGAGACUGUCGGUACAAUUUGGGAAAGUUUUACGAAGGAAGAGGAGGAGAAGAAGAAGAAUGAAGUUGCAGCGUCAGUGGGUCCACCAACCGUUACGGAUUUGUUUGCUGCGCGGUCAGACUUGCAAAAGUCGAAGUCUACAGCACCGAAGAAGGACGUUUUGGACAAAUUCGUCGACCAAUUAUCAGACAUAUUUGUGAAUAAGCCCGUGAAAGCGAAAGAGUCUGAGACGAAGAAGCUGAUAAAGCGGCGAGCACCUACUCGUAUUGCGUUGAUAGAUGCCAAGCGCGCGAACAAUAUUGGUAUCAUGCUGGCACGUUUUCGACUGCCAUACUAUAAGCUUCGGAAUGCUGUGCUGCUGGUCGACAAGGAGCUUCUUUCUGUCGAGCGGGUAUCUGCACUUUUACAAUUCGCUCCAGAAGACGAAGAGUUGGAUGCUAUACAAGGGUACACUGGUGACCCUAAGCUUUUGGGUGAUGCGGAGCAGUAUUUCCGUGAGAUGCUUUGCAUCCCGCGGUUAAGUACUAGGUUACAAGCGAUCCAUGCUACGUGGCAGUUUGACGCGUACGUAGAAGAACAGCGCAAGCUGAUGGAGUCUGUUUCGAAUGCGUGUCGCGAGUUGCAAGCUUGUGAACCUCUAAAGGAGAUAUUCCGCGUCGUGUUGUCGCUCGGAAAUGCUUUGAACGACGGCACAUCGCGUGGUGGAGCAAAGGGUUUUCGUUUGAGUAUAUUGCUCAAGCUGAAUCAAGUGAAGGCAGCCGAUAACUCCAUCAACCUGCUCAAUUAUGUAGCAAAGGUGCUACGUGCAAAAGAUCCAGCUAUCCUUGAUUUUGACAAGAGCCUACCAUCUCUUGAGAGUGCAAGUCGCGUCACGAUGCAGGUGCUCAAGGCUGGUGAAAGUGCAGUACGUAAGGCUGCAAAUCUAAUUUGCAAUGAACUCGAAGUACACGCGAAAUUGCCAGCAAAGGAGUAUCCACAACCUGAUCCAGUACUAGGUUUGGACAAAGAACCAAAAAGGAUUUCCGAUCGUUUCCAAGAAGUUGUAAAACCUAUUGCUGUUCGUGCAAAGAAGACGUCUGAGCAAACUGCAGAGGACCUUGAAAACAUGACGAAGCGUUUCGAAGAGACGGCAUCGUACUAUGGUGAAGACCCAUCAAGUCCGGAUUCUGGACCUGAUGCAUUUUUUUCUAUCUUUUAUUCAUUUGCCAAGGUACUUCAGUCAGCUGAUCGUGAUAAUGAGCGCAAACGGAUUGCUGAAGAACGAAAAUUGCGUCGUGAGGAAGAGACGAGAAAACGUCUUGAGCAGCUCAAGCUAAAGAAGAAGAAGAGUAGUUUUGCAACGUUAAAGACAGGUGAUGUGGAUGAUAUUGUGUCCAAGAUUCGAGCCAAGCGUGUGGAAGAAAAGCGGCGUGAGAUGCUGGCAAAUGGAUCAGCACCACCUCCUUUAUCUACAGGGUCUUCUAAUCGUGCAUCAUCAUCAUCUUCUGUUUGUCAACCGCGGACCACGAGGUUAGUUACCGUCUCAGAAGUGCCAACACCAGCCAUGGAGGCAGUAUAA